GGCCAGUCGGGAGUCGCUCUCAGAGGUGCACCUGUGUACAGGUUGAGAAGUGUUGUGUUUUCACCUGGCAGUUCAAUCUACAAUCGCGGCCAAGGAGGUUCCGCGGUCGGGCGCCUCUUUAUACAAUAUACAUUCUAUAACCGGGGACUUAGCGCGAAGAGAUAACAAAACAAAUUUUCAUCGCUAACGAAAAAAAAAAAAAAAAAUGAAAAUACCAAAAUUCCCCUCCAUCGAAAUCAAUCAAUGAACAAUAAAGAAAACAAAUUAUACAGUGGAUUUUACGAAUGGCGGAGAAAGUACAAAAAUUGUGAAUGAAAAAUAAUGUUCACUUUAUUUAAAGUUUAAACAACAACAAAAAAUUUCCUGUUUUUCAAAAAGUUUGUGAAAAUUGUUUUCUGUGUGAGUUUAAAUGAUCUCUAAAAAAUUGUCCCCUUUGGUGUGCUAAUUUUUUUUUUUCAUUCCUUUAACAAUCACCUGCAACUUUCGUCUCGCGAAACGUUUUUUCUUUCUUUCUUUUUUUAUUUUUUUUUUUUUUUAUUUACCCGGCAUCGUUCGAUCUCGCCGGAGAAAUUCGGGUGAACGUUUCUGCCUGUUAAAAAAAACGAAUCGAGUGUUCACCUUAUAAUUUGGCAGUCUACCGGUAAACAUUGACAGGAAUCACGUGGCCCACCUGUUAACUGUGUUCGCGAAGCACAUAAAAAAAAAGUGUUGAUAAUAUUCUUAAAAAAAAAAAAAAAAAAAAAAAAGUUUCCAUUUCAACUCUCCAACAUGGAUACCAUUGUUGAGAAGAUGGGCAAAAUAAAUUUGAGAAUUCCAAAUAUUUCAAGUUGCCCUGUCAAGAGUCCACAACCUCUAAAGGAAUUUGUUGGCCGCUGUCAAACAAUGCCUUCUCGUGUUAAAAAAUCUUUUUGUGGAUGCUUACAGGAUGAUGAACCACCGGAAAUCACCUACUGCGUUGUGGAACAGACGGGCACACUCACGCUUCAAGCGAUGACACCAACUUUACCAAUGCCAUCAGAAGAGGAAUUGAACAAGAUGUUUUUGGAGCUUGUUGAUGAACUGGACCUGACUCAAGCAAACAGACAAGCCGUACUUGCACUUCCGGCAAAUAAGAAGUGGCAGAUCUACUGUUCCAGAAAGAGUAACGGCACCCUCGAAAAUGGAGGAAUGAGAACCACUGACCUUAGUGGUGAUCCUGAAGAUUAUAUCGAGAGAGUUCGAAUUAUAGCAAGUGCACCAUUUCCAGAGGAAGGCGAAGAAAUUUCAAAUCAAAUGCGACAGGUCGAAGCAUUAAAAACUGCCCUGAGAACUCAGCCUCACAGUUUUGUUCUUAGAUUUAUAGAAUUAGAUGGUUUAAAUUCACUUUUACAAGUUUUGGGAACAAUGGACCCAGACGCAGGGAACAGUAAUCUUCAUACUAGUGUGAUAGGAUGUCUAAAAGCUUUGAUGAACAACUCGAAUGGAAGGGCACACGUUUUAGCUCAUCCAACAGCCAUCAAUACAAUAUCUCAGUCGCUGGCGACUGAAAAUAUCAAGACAAAAAUUGCAGUUCUCGAAAUUCUCGGUGCUGUUUGUCUUGUUCCUGGUGGUCAUCGUAAAGUUCUUGAAGCCAUGCUUCAUUUUCAACAAUAUCACUCGGAAAGAGCAAGAUUUCAAAGUAUUAUCAACGAUUUAGAUAAGAAUUUUGGAAUUUAUAAAGAUAAUUUAUCCUUAAAAACAGCAAUAAUGUCAUUUAUAAAUGCUGUCCUUAAUUAUGGACCGGGACAAGUGACAUUAGAAUUUCGAUUACAUUUGAGAUAUGAAUUAUUGAUGCUUGGCAUUCAACCGAUUAUUGAAAAACUUAGAAAAUAUGAAAAUGAAACUCUAGAUAGGCAUUUAGAUUUUUUUGAAAUGGUAAGAAAUGAAGAUGAAAAGGAAUUAGCGAGAAAAUUUGAAAAGGAGCAUGUUGAUACAAAAAGCGCUACAGCUAUGUUUGAUCUCUUGAGACGAAAAUUAAGUCACACUGCUGCUUAUCCUCAUUUAUUGAGUUUAUUGGAGCAUUGUAUUUUACUACCUUUGGACUAUGGUUCCUAUCCGCAACACUGGCUCCUAUUUGAUAGAAUAGUACAACAAAUUGUUCUUCAAUCCGAAGGAAAUGAAGCGGGAACAACUAGAAAUCCCGAUGUGGCUCCAAUCGAAAUUAACGUUAAGGAAAUUGUUCAUCUUCUCGCAAAAGAAGAGGAACUCGUAGCAGCUCGAAAAAAAGCUGAGGAAUUGGAGCGAGAAAAUUCCGAAAUGUCAUCGAGACUAGCAAAAAAGGAACAAGAAUUAGAUAUCAGAACACAGGAAAAAGAAGAUAUGGAAGCGAGUUUAGCAAGAGUAAAGGAACGAUUGGAGAAAGAAACGUCAAUGCAUAUCGAAACAAAGCAAAGAAUUUCGGAAUUGCAAGAUAGCAUGGAAGCACUAUCUCGUCAAGUGAAUAAUGAAAAAUCUGAGAGGAAACGUCUGGAGCAAUUAGUCGCUUCCGGAAGCCUACCAGAUGAUGCCAAAGCAACAAUAAAAAUAGUCGAGGACGAAAUAAUUCAAAAGGUUGAGGCUAAACCAACUCCACCACCACCGCCUCCACCUCCUUUGGCACCACCACCUCCACCUUGUUUGAUGCCUGCUGCACCACCUCCAAUGAAGGUGGGAAUAGUUAAAAAUGUUCCCCAACCCAGUAAUCCUUUGAAAUCUUUCAAUUGGUCCAAAAUACCAGAGCAAAAAUUACAAGGAACCAUUUGGUCUGAAUUGGAUGAUUCAAAACUCUAUAAUAUCAUGGAUUUAGAAUCAAUUGAUAAAAUUUUCUGCGCAUAUCAAAAGAAUGGUGUAUCAACUGAAGGAUCUAUUGAAGAUUUACGAAAUCUUGGCAAAAAUAAGAAGACAAUGUCAGUUAUUGAUUCCCGAAGAGCACAAAAUUGUACAAUUUUAUUGUCUAAAUUAAAAAUGUCUGAUAAUGAAAUUACAAGAACUAUUUUAUCAAUGGAUCAACAAAAUAUUUUGCAUAUUGAUAUGGUUGAACAAUUAUUAAAAUACAUUCCCUCAUCAGAAGAAGCUGCUCUUUUGGAUAUGAACCAAAAAGAACUUCAAAGUAGAGCUGAUUGCUUCUUGUACCAAAUAUCAAAAGUUCCUCAUUACGAGCAAAGGCUAAGAUCGUUGCACUAUAAAAAGAAGUUCUCCGCCAGUAUAUCUGAGCUGACGCCAAGAAUGCGAGCUGUUCUUGAAGCUAGUCGACAGGUUGCAAGAUCCCGGAGGCUUAGGAAAAUCUUGGAACUUGUUUUGGCUUUAGGAAAUUAUGUAAAUCGCGGAAAUGCCCGAGGAAAUGCUUGUGGAUUUAGAUUAGCUUCCUUGAAUAGAUUAGUUGAUACGAAAUCUUCGUGUUCAAAAGGAACAACUCUACUUCAUUAUUUAGUUCAAAUGUUGGAAACCAGAUUUAGAGAGGUAUUGGAUAUUGAGGAAGACAUGCCCCAUGUGAGGACCGCUGCCCGAGUGAGCAUGGCCGAUCUUCAAAGAGAAGUUGCUAAUUUGAAAAAUGGCUUGCAAGACGUACAGCGAGAAAUUGAAUUCCAUCGCGGUCAAUCUCAAGUACUCCAAGGAGAUAUGUUUUUACCAGCAAUGCGCGAUUUUCAAGCUCAAGCCACCUGCAGACUCGCAGAGUCUGAGGAUUUGUUCCAAGACAUGAAAACAAGAUUUGACAGAGCUGUAAGACUCUUUGGUGAAGAUUCAGCUGGAGUUCAACCUGACGAGUUUUUUGGAAUUUUCGAAAAUUUCUUACAAGCUUUGGCCGAAGCCAGACAAGAUGUAGAAAAUAUGCGAAAAAAAGUUGAGGAAGAUGAGCGUAGGGCAAAACAGGAGCAAGAGCUAAAAAAACGCACCAUGGAACGAAAGAAUUCUCGAGAAGGAAUUUUAAAUAGCAUCUCUAUCAACAAGAAGAACGAAGCAAAUACAAAUGGUCAGGGCGAUAAUAAAGGAGAAUUUGACGAUUUGAUUUCAGCAUUACGAACGGGAGAUGUUUUUGGUGAAGAUAUUGCAAAAUUCAAAAGAUCUAAGCGUAGACCUGUUACACCGAGUAGUCAAGAAGUACGUAGACAUAGUGCCCAUAGGGAAGAUUCUCGGGAACGGCACUAAAUAUCCAUUUAAUUUCACACGAACAGAUUUUUCAUUUCAUUAUUUAUACAGUGUUUGAAUCUCAUAUUUAAUUGUAAUUCUCAAUUAAUUACAAAUGAAUUUUAUUUCAUUAUGAAAUAUAAAAUGAAAAAAAAAGAAAUUCUGUUUCGUAAGAAAAAAAAUUAAUUUUAUUUUAAAAGAAAAAAAAAAGUGAAAUGAACUUCUAGUGCCAAGACAAAGAUUGAAAUUCUUUUUUUUUUAAGGGUAAAAUAUACCUGAUGAGAUUUCAGAACUAUUCCAUAGGCUGUUAAAGAGCAUAUUGACUUGUAUUUUUAUCUUGUAUUUAAGAAGAAAAUAAAUUAAGCACAAGAUAAAAAUACAAGUUGGUGAAAUAUAGUUGUUAAACAAAAGACGUAUCACAAUAUUGAAUUAAAAAAAUAAAUAAAUAUAUAUAAAGCUUUGGACUGAAUUUAAUAUUGAGAAAUAUUAAGAAAGCGUAAAGAUAAAGUAGAUCGAGAAAAAAUGAAGAAAAAAAAUAUUAGAGAUCGAGUGAAUGUUAUUGAAUGACUCUGAAUAAACGAUUGUAUUGUAGAAAAAAAAUCGAAUGCAAACUCUAGUUGCUCGUAAAUUUUAGAUAUAUAUGUAUAGAAACACGUUAAGAAAUAAUUCGCAUAUUGUUUCUACAAAAAUUAAAAAUUCGUGGGAACAAGAGAGACUAUACAAUUAAAAAAAAUAUAUAUAUAUAAUUUUUUUGUUUUAAAUUAGUGAGAAUUUUUUCUUUAAAUCGAGAAUUUAAUAACGUGAUAAUUUAAUUUUUGUAUAUAUAGUCAUUAUGUACCUUUACAAUAUCAAAUUAAUUAAAAUCUAAAUUAUUCAUUCAAAUAUCUUGAAAAUUAAGGAAAAAAUUUUUAAUUUAAAAAAGUUACUGUGACAGACUUAAUAUAUAAAAAUAGGUGCAAAAUAAAAAUUUGUCUUGAAGAAAAUGAAAUAGAAUUUUUGAUUUUUAUGUAUAUCAAUUUAGAGUUAUAUAAUUGUUAUUUGAUAGCGAAAGUUCAACAGAAACAAAUAAUCAAAAAGGGCCUAUAUUGAUAUUUUUAACAUUGAUCCAAUUGUCAAUUUAAGUCUGAUUUUUGUAUUUCUUUGUACAAGGGGGUUGGUAUAUAAAUUAAAAAAAAAAAACUAAGACUUCUUGCAGUGUGAUUUAAUUAUAUAAAGCAAAUUUCCGAAAUUUUUAUCAAAUAGUCUAUAUAUUAUAUAUUUGUGUGUAGAGAGACUUCUAUAAUCACUGUAAAGAAGUUCAUGUUUUGUAUGUAUUUAAGAUUUUGUACUUUUGUAAAUAUUCGAUAUAUAUAUAUUAUAUAGUUACGUCAUUCUGAUAAAUUCUUUAAUUGGAAUGUAUAAUCGAUUAAUAUAUUCCUGAACAAUUGCUAUCAUAUGUAUAAUUAAUAUAUAAAAAAUAUAUGUACGACAAAUCAAAAUGAAGUGUUACUUGUGAUCCUAAUUUAUUAAAAAAAAAAUUUUUUGUUAAAUUAAUGAAAUAAUUAUAAAUUUUUUUUUAAAGUAGGAACAAAUUUUAAAGCAAAAAUUUAUUUUAUUUGCGAACAAAAAAGACAAAACGUUUCAAUUCUGUAAUUUCAAAUUCUUUAAACGUAAACUAAUAUGGGAUUUUCAUAUUAAAAAAUAAUGUAAAAUCAAAAAACAGUGGAAUUUAUGUAUAUUACUGAUUUCAAAUUAAGAGUACGAGAUAUUUAAAUCAAAUGACUUACAGAUCACCUGCAGAUUGACUCACUAUCAUCUCCGCCUGAUACUUCCGCAGCUUCUUCCAAUUAUGUAACAUAUCUAAAAAUCUGAAUUUAAUAAAAAAAAAAUUCAUUAACAAA